CUUGACGUAGGCAUCACCAUGAACUCGCGAGACCAGGACUUCAAGGAAAGAACGUUGUUGUGUGUUGGAGACAGAACGAAGGAAACAAUUGGUGCUGAUCGUAACAAACGCAAAUAAGAGUUUUCAAUAAAAGGAUCUACUAUUAUUUUAAGUCAAGAUGUCUGACGACUUGGUGAAGCAGCUAGCCAGUUAUAAGGCUCAGCUUCAUCAAGUAGAAGCAGCACUGUCUACAGAUGCAGAUAAUGAGGACCUCGUCAAGCUGCAGAAGGAUUUGCAGGAAGUGAUAGAGUUAACAAAAGAUCUACUAUCCAGCCAACCUUCUGUGGCAAUACCCAAUUCACGCAACCCUGCUGCAACUCCUGUCAGUCAUUCAUGGGAAGUCGGGGACAGCUGUAUGGCAGUCUGGAGUGAGGAUGGACAGUUGUAUGAAGCAGAGAUUGAGGAAAUUGAUGAAGAAAAUGGAACAGCUGCUAUCACAUUCCUGGGAUAUGGCAAUGCUGAAGUUAUCCCUUUGGUAAAUCUUAAGCCAGCGGAGGAGGGAAAAAAAUCUGAGGAAGAUGGAGGAAAAUCUAAAUCAAGGAAAGAACAAAUAGCCCAGCAGAGGGAGUACAAGAAGAAAAAAGCACUGAAAAAGGCCCAAAGAAUGAAAGAACUUGAGCAAGAGAGGGAAGAUCAGAAAGUGAAGUGGCAACAGUUUAAUAACAAAGCAUAUUCAAAGAACAAGAAAGGACAGGUGAAGAGGAGUAUAUUUGCAUCUCCAGAAAGUGUAAAUGGCAAAGUGGGCGUUGGAACAUGCGGAAUAGCAGAUAAACCAAUGACUCAAUAUCAGGAUACAUCAAAAUAUAAUGUAAGGCAUCUUAUGCCACAGUAACAACUAGAAGAAAUAUAAUUAAUGAUGUUCUAUUACAGCAUCCCCUCAACCAAAAUCUAACUUAAUAUCAACAUAUGUAGACAGGCAUCUUGAAUUCUUAAGAGUUUUAAACAUGUCUUGAGCGUGAAGCUGUUAAAUCUUGGCACAAAAUGUGCUUUUGAGAUUACUAAACUUUUUGUUGGAAACAGUUUGAGGAACAAAAAAAAGAAACACUUGGUCUGUAAUUUUUUAUGAUUCAACACCUACAUAAAUAUAGUCUGCAUUUAACUGUAAGCCUGAGUGUCCCUUUUUUACAGCAGGACUUGAGUUAAAUGUGUUUGUAGAGUCAGUUAUUAAAUCUCUGUAAUAGCUUUUUAUUUUGUUUAGGAUUGACAUAUGUCCUUUUGUACUAGUUAAAUUGUUAUGUAUGAAUUCUCUCAAUUUCAUCAGGAAUUAUUUUCAUUUUAUUGUUUUUCUUAUAAAUUUAUUGUCCUUUUGAGUAUGGUCACAUCAUCAAUUCAGGUCAUGUUAUACUUAUCAUACAUGAACCAGAUAUAAUAAAGUUUAUAUUCCAUAAACUUUCAUAGCAUUGAAUUGAAAAAUCUUUAGUAAAUUGUUCAACUGUCUUGAAAAAGAUGUACUAUUUAUUGAAUCUAGUACAGUUUCUCAUUUUAAAGGAUUUAAAAUCAGAAUGUUAUUGUAGUGUAAUGGUUAUUCAGGAAUCCUGCUAGAAGAACAAAAGAGCAGUCUCUUAAGGAAGUUAGGUUUUUCUAAUGUAGUCUUUGUAUGAAAAUUCCUUAGAACACUGCUGACCAAAAAAAAAAAAGUUGGAGCAGGCUGUUGUGGAUUAUAAUGCAGUUAGAAGCUGUGCAGGGAAUUAAAUUAUUGACCUACUACAGUCUACAUGAGCUGCCAGCAAGUCCACUGCUUUUUUUUUUAUUAUUUAUUUUUUCCCCCAUUUGUAAACACGUUAGCCAGCAGCUCUGUUUCCUAGAUGUAGUCCCAUCCCUACGCAGCCAUGUUAGGUUGUGUGUGGAUUUUUUUUUAUUUAAAUUUAGGCAAAAUACAUAAGUGAAUGCCAUAUGUUGCUUGAAUAGCUGUAUAGUUUAAUGCAUAAUCUAUAAGUUUACACCCUGUUUUGCUUAAAUAGUUUAACCACCUUUUAGUUCUUAAAGGAAUCACUAGUUUAGUAUUGCAUCUUUUGUGCAAUCACUGAUGUGGGCCUGUUACCAUUUAUUAUACCUGAACGGACAAUUAAUUAAACUAUGACAAUUAUGUGUUAUCUGAUUAUUAAAACAUUACUGUUCAUUUAAUUUGAAGUUAAUUCAGACUGACUAAAAAGUGCACCUUGUUUAAAAAAAAAAAAAAAAAUGCUCACAAUAAGAUAUAUAUUUCUGUAUGAAUUAAUUCCCGUGUGUAUACUUACAGCAGUCAUUUUCUCAGCGCUUUGUGAUUUCUGUGUGUUUGAAAUCACAGAGAAAGCACCUCCCUACUCAACCUGACAGUUCAUGAUCUGCCUGAGAAAAGAUACCAUUUCAUCAUAAUUUGACAGCCAAAUUUAUUUUUAUUUCUUUGUAAAAAUAAAUGAAAAAAUAAUGCAAAGUAUCUGUGCAUAAACAUGGUUCUGAGAUUCUUCCUAUUUAGGGAAGAAUAUAAUUUUUAUUAAGUGUUUAAUCUUAAGUUUUGUAUGUUUAACUUUUAUCAAAUAAAUAUGUUAAAUUGU